ACAUACAUAAGCAACGACUAUUGGGCCCAGGCCCAUCCUUUUCUUUGUCCCUUCUUCUUCUUCUCUCUCUUUCGACGGUUAUCUUUUAAAGGGUUCAGGUUCUCUAGCGAUUGCUCAAACUUUUCCGAUUGCAAUCUCUGGUUAUGUUAAUGAGAGAGCGGAUUCGCGAUUCUCUGCCUCGACGAUCGUCUUCACCUUCUCCGACGAGUGACCGUGACAGGAACGAGUCUAGCGUGAUUAAACCCGGCGAUGUUUCAAACCGUUCCGAUCAAAUCGAUGUGGUUUCUCACGGAGUCGAGGACCGGGAACAAGAUAUUGAUGGUACACGGAGAGAUUCUGAUCUGUACGACGUAGAGAUUCAAAGACGCACUGGAUUUUCUAAUAAGGACCGACGAGAAGAAGAAGAGAGAGACGAUGAACGUUAUGUGAAACAUUUUCAUCUGCAGGAAGAUUCCGGCAAACGGUAUGUGGAAUCAUCGAGAUUCAUCACAUCGCAUAAUCCAUUGAGAUUGAGUGACGAAUCUAAGCCCUCUAGAUUCAUCACAUCGCAUGAUGAUGAGUAUUCUCCAUCUCAUGGGAAGAAUGUGCUGCUAAAGAACGAUGAAACUAAUCGAUUGGAAUCGAUUUCUCGCGAGUUUAGUGAUUCAUCUCGUCAUAGUGAAGAUGGUAGAGACAGAGAUACUGUUAGAUAUGAAUCAUCACCUCUGUCACAAGUAGGGUCUAGUGUGGCUGAUUUCCAAGACGAAACCUCUAGGCUUGUUAGUUCAGAUUCUAGAUCUUUCGGUCGUGUGAAUGAUUCCGAUGAAAGAAGAAGACUUGAUUAUGAUGGGAAUCUUUGUGCAUCCCUUGUUUUACAGGCUAGACGUGUUGAUGAUCAACAAGUGAAUUCCUUUUAUAAGCGUGGAGACCAUGAUUCACCAAUUGUGAGCAAGUGUGGCAAAGAGAUAGUGGAUGAAUCUCGCAAUCAUUAUCAUAUAGGCUCUGAUAUAGCAAUGAGAGAGUUUCCCAGUGUUAGGCAUGAGGUCAAUAAUGUGGCUAGAGAGAGUGAUCUUCUUAUGCAGACAAGAGGAUCUUUAUCAAAAUCCCAUGUCCGUGUUUCAAAUAUAGCUGAUGUUGAUGCGGCCGAUACCCAUCUUGAGUUUUGCAGGAAAGAGAGGAUGGCUGACCAUUAUGAGUCUGUGAAGGAAGAUUAUCCUUUUGUGGAGUUGGGAUCAAGAGUGGUGAAUGAACGAGAUGAUAAGGAUGAUCACUACAGGAACUUCUGUAACGAAGAAAGGAAGGUUGUUUAUUUGGAUAACAAAUGUCAACCACUGAGAAAGGAUUAUCAAUGUGAUGGUGUUGACAGUAUGAAGAAUCUUGCUUUCAGUGAACCAUAUGCUGUCGUAGAUCAAGAUGAUAACGGUUCACAGCGCAUAAAUCGCUGCUUAAAUAAAGAAAGGGAAGCAUAUUUGGAUAAUGAGAGAAAUGCUGUUUUUUCAGAUGAUAAAAGACGGGAACUGAGAAACGAGUAUCACUGUGGCAAUGAUGGUAGGAUGCAUUCUGAGGUAGAUAGGGCAGAUAUUUUGGUAGAUCAGGAUGGAAGAGGAGUGCAGCUUCAACGAGUAUGCUUAAACAAAGGAAAGGCAGCAUACUUGGAUAAUGAAAGGAAGGAUGUUUAUCUGAAUUACAAAAGCCGGCAACUGGAAAAAGAUUAUGACUCUCGCUCUGAUGCUAGGAUUUAUCCUGAUGUCAACAGAUUAGAUAUUCUGGUAGACCGGGAACGGGAAGAUGUUAGAGGUUUAAGGUAUAGAGGAGGGUCCUUAAAUGAUAGGAGGGAAACAUAUUUACCUUGUGAAAGUCAGCAACUCUUAAAUGAUCAUGAAACUAACUCCUAUGGCAUGAUGUAUCCCGAUGUCAACAAAUCAGAUAUUCUGGUAGACCGGGAAGAUUCCAGAGGUCUAAGGUAUAAAGGAGUGUCCUUGAAUGAUAAAAAGGAAGCAUACUUGCAAUGUGAAAGCCAGCGACGCCUAAAUGAUCAUGAAACUGACUCUUAUGUCACGAUGCAUCCCGAUGUCAACAAAUCAGAUAUUCUGGUAGCCCAUGAAGAUGCCAGAGGUUGGAAGUAUAUAGGAGUGCCCUUAAAUGAUAGAAAGAAAGCAUAUUUGCAACGUGAAAGCCAGCAACUCCUAAACGAUUAUGAAACUGACUCGUAUGUCAUGAUGCCUCCUGAUGUCAACAGAUCAGAUAUUCUAGUAGACCAUGAAGAUGCCAGAGGUCUAAGGUAUAAAGGAGUAUCCCUAAAUGAUCGAAAGGAAGCAUAUUUUCAAUGUGAAAGCCAGCAACGCCUAAAAGAUCAUGAAACUAACUCUUAUGGCAUGAUGCAUCCCAAUCUCAAUAAAUCAGAUAUUCUUAUAGACCGGGAAGAUGCCAGAGCUCUUGAGCUAAGAAGAGUAUCCUUCGAUGAUGGAAAGGAAUCAUACAUGGAUUAUAGAAGGGGGGAUGCAUAUCCGCGUUACAAAAGCCAACUGAAGGAAGAUUAUGACUAUGGCAUUGAUGACAAGAUUUAUCGUGAUGUCAACUCUUCAGAUAUUAUUGUAAACCAUGGAGAUGCCAACGCACUAGAGGUUAGAAGAGUAGCCUUCCGUGAUAGAAAUGAAGCAUAUUUGGAUAAUGAAAGCAAGGAUGUUUAUGAGCAUUACAAAAAACAACCACUGAAGGACUAUGACUCUGGAAUUGAUGAAAGGAUGUAUCCUGCUGUCACCAAAUCAGAGACUGUGGUAGACCAAGGAGGUGCUAGAGCUCUAGAGCGUAGAGGAUUAUCCUCGAAUGAUGAAAGGGGAGCCUAUUUGCACUAUGAAAGCCAGAAAAUCCUAAGGGAUCAUGAAAUUGAUUCGUAUGGGAUGAUGCAUCCUGACGUCAGUAUAUCAUCAGCUGGCAAGCAAGAUGAGGAAACUCUUCGAGGCAGGAGAUAUCUUUUUGAUGGUCGAGAUCAAGUCUACUUGGAUGAUGAGCGCUUGCAACGACGAAAUGGUGGUCAUGUUCAAGUUCAUGCCAAUAUGAGAUAUCCAGAUGGUAGACAAGAGGUUUAUCAUUCAAAUGAUCCAAUACUGCGUACAAGAGAUGAUUAUGGUCUUAGAGACGACGCAAGUGAGGUUAUAUAUGAGAAUAUGGCUUAUGAUUACGACUACGGUGAUGCUAAGCAAUCAAGAAUGUCUUAUGAGAAGGAAGAUAGGGAGAGGCUCCGCGAACGUGAAGUAGCGUAUGAUUACAGAGACAAGCUAGGGAACUAUGCAGUGGAUGGAGGAACAAGCAAAGACCAAUUCCGAUACUUAACUGAUGAAAGGAAUUUUGGUAACGUUGAUCACACAUCAACUCCGCGCCGUCGAUUAUCUGCGAAAGAGCGGUUAGGUGGGCGUGUCGAAGAAGAUUCACGUGUUCAUGUGAAACAUAGACUGCAUCAGGUUAGAAACCCAAAACUAAAAGGUAAGUCCCAUAAGAGGAACCUCUGCUGAGGUCGUCGCUUCUCUCAAGAUUGUUAAUUCCUCCAAACAAGAUUGAGAGAGAAAAGCUGGCUUGUGGGUUCUAAGUUAGGAUGUGAAAACAAGGAUCCUAAAUUUGUAAUCUCAGUUCUUUGUUGGUCUGAGAAACAGAUUCCAGGAUUGAAGUUUUUUGGCAAUUACUCAGUGAGGAAGGAUAUGAGGAUAUUAUCUUGGUUAGUAGAUAUGCUUCUUUUGGCGUUGAACUUGGGCUUAAAAUGUUGAGAUUUGUCUGUCUUUUAGAUUGUUUGGUCGGUGGUUGAUAUAUCGACCUAUCAAGUAGACAGUGGUUAACCUAGACGUUGGUCUAUUUUGGUUUUUGGUAUUGAUAUUGACAUGGGAGAUCAACAAGUAAAUAACUCAACAAGUUUAUAUAAUCUGACAACUUUUUCUU